AUGCCUGUCCCCAAUGUUGGGGACAUACUAAUGCUAUCGCAAGUUGCCUGGAAAACUGGGCGAGCUUUUACCGCAGGUCGGAAAGAUGCACCAAUCGACUUCCAGGCGGUCGAAACCGAUAUCAGCGGACUCGCACAAGCUUUGAAGCAAUUAGCAGAAACACUACAUGCCGAGACUGAUGCUAGCUUGAUAUCCAAGUCUGACCAAGGAACCCAAGAUGCAGUCGCAAUAGUUUUGUCUUCUUGCCAACGAACGAUACACGACCUUGACUCCUUGGUCGAUCGAUAUCAGGUUAUCAGGAAGCACCGCACGGUUGGCGGCUUUGCCAUUGAGCGGAGUUGGAGUGAUCUCGUUCUGGCUCAAUACGAGACCAUCAUAUGGACUACCGAGGGCGGAAGCCUACAUGACCUUAGCAGUCUACUGCAGAUGCACACAAAGUCCAUACGCAUUCUUACUGAGGCGGUACAGAGUGGAUCUUUGUCGCAGCUGGAACGAGUAGUGACUCCCAUGGCCGAACGUUUCGACUCGAUGUACGACUUGCCCGGUAGUCUUGAAGAACAGCUUGACGAAGUAUCUCGCUUUGUACAGGAGCUUGCUCUUGUAAAUCCUACAAAACAAGCACCACCCAUACCCCAACGGAAUCCAGCAAGAUCGCCCACAGCAGAGAAUUCGGAUCCGCUCGGUACGACCUCUAUCCCGCUAUCGCCAUCAGCCUCAUCGUCUCGACGAACAGGUACGAAAGCGAUAUUGCCGCACGCAAGACAGCGCUCCGAAUCGGCAGUUUCCCUAACAUCGAGACCAACCAGCAAUGAGGUGUCUCCUACUCUGCCAGGCGGACAUGCCACCAUGCCGCCAACACCACCUCGGAAACGUGUGUCUGAAUUCAGCUUCGGAGGCUCAUCAGCACGCGACUCGAUUAGCAGUUACGCAUCGUCAACCUCGUCAGUACCGUCACGAGGGUCGCUGAAUAGUAAACAUACGCUCAUCUCUGUUACCGAAUCUUUGCCCCUUCCCCGGACGCCUGAGCUCAGUGAGACUAUGCAACCAAACACAAGCUCCCUGACCCUUCUACCGCCUCCAGCGAUAAGACCUUCUUCCUCUCAAUCGACCCCGGACAUCAGCAGAGUAAAAUCGAACUCGACACUAAGCCCAUUCCCAGUACGGCAGGACAGCAUAACGAAGUUGCACCGCAGCUGCACCACAGCAAGCCAAAAAGCAGCUUUCGAAAAAGAAGCAUUCCGCAACUCCGCCGUCCUAUGUGACGUCCGCGGCACCCUCCUCGAGUACUCUCAACAAACUGUCCCGGACCCCGAUAACCCUGACCCCAUCGCCGACAUCGAAAUGGUCUCAGCCUGCGACUCAUGUCGGAUUGCCGUCGUCCGGAAGCGCAUCACGGAUCCCGAGACGAAGAACGUCCGCGUUGUGACGUCUAUAUGGGCGCUUAGCGACGACAACAACGUCCGCGUCGAGCUCAAGAUGGAGGAUGGGGAGAUGUACAUACCCUACUCCAGCUACUUCUCACCCGCAAAAGUCAGCAUGACGGUACCCUGCGAACUCAGAUUUCACGACGUAAGGUACGGGAACCGCCUCGUCAAGUCAGCACGGACGAGCUGGGUGAACUACGUUUUCGAAGACUCGCAGGCAGCAUCCCUCUUCCAAAACGAGAUCAUGGGCCGCAUUCUCCUCGCCACAUUCCGCACAUCCAAGACCAUGCGUAUACACGAAGGCACGCUUUCUUCGUUCACAUAUGCGGAGCAGAUGUGCGCGCUCGAGAAUCUGAGGGUGUGGGAGGAUACAGACACUGGUGCUGUUAUUGGGUUGAUACACUUCAGUGCGAGCUUCCGGGCCGGGUACCUCGCAUUUUAUUUGAACAGCAGUACGAACCCGGUUAAGGUUCAGGACAUCGGUGGGAAAGAAGUCAAAGUCAAGGGUUUGAGGGUGCCGAUUGCGGAGGCAGGGAGGGCGAUGAGGAAGGAUAGUGUUGUUGAUGAUGCGAAUACUAUUACUGAGGCCAGUGAGGGGAACGGCGGAGGUGAUAGGGGCGGAGGUGGGAAAAGUGAUCGGCGUGCUAGUGCUGCUGGUAUGAAGAAGGGCAAGGGGAAGGGCAAGGCGGUGGAGGUUGAUCGGAAGAAAGUCAUUUCAGGCGCGAAGAUUGAGUUUGCGAGUGAAAAGGAGAAGAGGGAGUUUUUGGAGCUGGUGGAAGAGUAUCAGAGGCCGGGGAGGUUGUUCUACGGUGAAGAAGAGUAUGAGGGCAUUUAUCGAUGCCUGGAUGACUCCGACGCCCACAGUUCCGACGACGAGGAUGAGGACGGCGAAAUGAAUUGCUUUGAAAUUUUUGACGAGCUCCUCGGGAAAGUCGAGAGGUUUUCGACUCCCGAUAACAAGUACGGCAAGUACGGCAUGAACAACAAUACCAAUAGCAGAAGUGCAUCACCGAAACCAGACGCAUCCAAAUCACCAGAAUCCAUCAAACCCGGCGACUUCACGAGCACGAAUGAUGACACUGGCUUCGUCUCCUGCCAGCUCGGCGGUCUCCAAUACUGCGAGACAUUUCCGGACGUUAAUACUACUGAUAAAGAUGUGACUCUUGCAAAAGACUGGCAUAGCACUGAGUAUAUUCUUGUGGCUGGGAUUGAGUGGACUGGGAAACUCGGUUGCAUUUGGGUGCUCUGA